AUGAAUAAAUAAUUUAACAAAACUUCUCCAUCUGAAAUAUUUCUAACAGCAUAAAUAAAAUAAGCAUAAACAGAAGAUUCUUUAGAUUAAAUAAAAUAAAUAAGUUCAAUUAAUUUAGAGAAAGAGCUCGAUGAAUGGAAUGAUGAAUAAGAAACUUACGAUUUAAUAAAUGAAGUUGAAUAUAAAAUGUUAAACUUUAGAUCAGAAUUACGAAGAGAAAGAGCAGAAAUAGAAUCAACAAAAUCGUAAUAGAAAUUGUUAGAAAUAGUUGCUCAAUCUAAAAUUAAAUAGACGGAAGCAUCAUUAAAAUUUACAGUAGAGGCUUUAGAAAAUAAGUUUAUUAGAUAGUAGGGUACAACUAAUGGAUAUGUGGAAUAUAUUUAAUAAUCUAUAGCUUAAUAAAAAAAAGAAGAUGCUUCAAUUAAUCACUAUAUGAAAUUACUUGAAAAAAGAGUAGAAGCUUUAGAAUUUGAAUUGGGAAUUGAAAAUGUUAAUUAAUAAUAAGAGUUAUGAGAAA